AUGCAUCGGCCCCAGUUGAGCCCAAGUCCAAGGCCCCCUACUCGUCCCGUCAACAUACUCGGAUCAGGAAAUGGACAAGGACUCAAGCAUGGACCAGGCAUGUCACCAGGACAAGGCCCGGUUAGGGCAAGCUCGCCCCUUGCUUCACCGUCGUCACCUCGUUCACCACUUCCACCACCCGCGGCCUCUGCAGCAUCGCCUUCGGCUCCUGUAGCGUUCUCACCCGCGACUCCCGCAGCUCCCGCACCAAAGCCGCGUCCCGCUCCCCCAACACUGCCUCCUGCCAGAGCACACGGAAUUCAUGCGCGCCCUUUGGCACGCCCUCCUUCGACUUUGACAUCUACGACACCAGCAGUGACAGGAGGUUCUCCCUCGUCGACAUCCACUUCCUCCCCUUCGCUUCCUCCAUUUGAUACUGCUCCUCGGCCAAAGUCAGGACCCGCACCUGUUGCAGUAGCGAAUCCAGGAACACCGUCUCCCAGGCCUCGCGAUCCACUCUUUCCUGCACUCCAGGCACCGCAGCAGAGUCACCAACCGAGACAGCAACGCCAAUCAGGAUUGUCAUCCGUUCGAUCACCAACUGAUGCAACAGGUCAAUCCCGUCCUAUUCUCCCUUCAGGACAACUCUCCUCCAAAUCUCUUCUGACGACUACUAUAGACGCUCAAAUACCCCAGCCAGUAACUGUUUUACCAGAGGCCCACAAAAAGACGACAGCGGAGCGCCAGGAGAACACCGAUCAUAUUGGACCAGAAGCUUAUCCGGAAGGAGAAGAAAGCGACGACGACGAUGUAGACGACGACGAGUCGACUUUAGGAAAGGGCCAUGACAGGAGCAAAAAGUCGCGUCAGCGGAAGGUCCGAAAAAGUCUGGAAAAACUGACCAGGCUCUCCAUUGACAAGAAGCGGAGGUCACGCCAGGUCAAGUCUUUGACGACCAUCGCCCCAACUGUAUCGACAUCAACGAUCGAGUCCACUGCCAAGGCGGAUCCAGCUAUCCAGACACCCAAGCGCCAGUCUCUGUGGGCAUCCUUGUUCGGGAAUGGCAAGACAGAAUUGCGACCGGCCAUGGCCGAUUCGCUUGUCAGGAACAAUGGAUCGACACAAUCUCUAGGACCACUUACUACUCCCUCUCAACACCCGCAGCAACCCAGCUCCUCGUCAAUAACCAACUCGCCCGUCUCUCCUCGUUCUGAAAAGAGUCCUUUGGACACGUCUUCCAAUAUUUCGGGGUCAGAAGCGGCAUCAUCGCAACAAAGUCCAGCUCAGAGCGAGGUGUCACAAGUGGACUCACAAGCAGAUUCAGCUGCCCUUGUAGACGACAUUUCUGAGGUUAACGUUGUUCGUCACGAUCGUUCUCGGACACUUCCAGGAAUUUUACCACAGUGGGACAGUGGUAUCUUGUGGUCACUGUCUAGGGCGCUCAACAACAAACGGACCGAGGCACCUCCACUGGAUAGCGACAGUAGUGAUGAUAGCGACGAUGGCAGCCUUGAGACGGCCGAUGUCCUUCCUGAGAGCGAGUGUAGGGAGUCAAUUGGAUCCAGAGACACUGUUACGGAGGAUUCCGCAUCGACCAAUGAGGAAAGCGAAUUUGUUGAUGCCGAGUCGAAUGCUCCGGAAGCUGAGGUGGUCCAACGAUCACCAAGCCUUCCUGCUCCCGCAGCGCUGUCAGUCAGGACUCAGGUUCCCAGAGAGAGGGUAAUCGUCGCGGAGGCUCAAGUUCAAAUUGGCAACGAUCUAGACGACGAGGAUCCUUUCACUGACUCGCACGCCUUGUCAGCAGCGUCUCCCUCGGUAAUAUCGUCAACUUCUUCAAAGAGCCACCCUUCCGCAUUAGGCGGCACACCCAAUUCGUCACCAUCACCAUCAUUGUCGCCAUUGUCGUACCUGACAGGAACUGCCGCCUCUGGUUCAACCUGGUCUCUUCAAGGAUCUCGACAGUCGCUCAUGAAGAUGAUUUUCAAAUCCAGGAACGACACGACAUCAUCGCCGGCCACUGAAGCGAGCAAUCCUGCGGAUGUUUUGCCGGAUUGGCCCCAACCAAAGUCGGAUGGCGUAGUGGGAUCGUCAAGUCCAUUGACGCAGAUCCGCGCUGAUCUGUUCUCCGAUUUCGAGUCCAACGGGGACAUCAGUUUGUCUACUGAGGUCCAGUCAAAGGAUACAAAGCGUCGUUCGUUUGUACUGCCCGGAGCCUUCCCAGGAGAGGAGAGGCCCUCUCAGGACGAGCCGCGUAUGUCCGAGUCCGGCUAUGUUCAGGAACAUGUCCCUAUGUACGCUGCAUCGGAAGGCGACUCUUUGGCGGUAGUGCAGCAGGACGAUCCGAGCCAUUACAACGUACAGUAUGAGCGGGAUAGUUCUGACAGCGACGAUAGCGGGGAAGAUGACACCAGCUCUAGCGACGACGAAGAAGAGAUCAUCAGCACGCACCCAUCCAAGGCAUCAUACGACCGCACGUCGUUCCUUCAGGGUCUGCCACUGCCGCAAUUCAACCCUGCUGCCUCGACAUCCCCCAGUCGUCACCAGCGAACGCGAUCUCAGAUUCUCACCAGUCCUGUGUUCAGUGGUGUUAAGAAGAGCGGUACGAACGAACACCAGGAGCCUUUGCAGAUUCAAGUUCAUUCUACUGCCGUCGUCACAUCCAGGAAUGCUACCCGUCUCUCACCCCAACCUGUCCUCGAGAGCUCCUCCAAGCCCCAGGUCCUCCCCAGGAAGCCUUCUGAGCCAGUAGAAUCAUCAAAGCUGGACAAGACGUCGCCUUCCGCACUGGGCAUCGCCAAGCCACAACCAUGUUCCGGAGGUCCGUUUGCGGAUCGCAUGUCGAUUGUGUCACCCGUUACCUCGCCACUCAACGCCAAGCCAUUAGCCCAGCCAGCAGUGGAUGCGCGAGUUCAGGAUCCAAAUAUGUUGAUGAACAGCGCGUCAGGCAGUGGGGCUAUCGCGCCUGACAGCGCCAUUGACUACUCUCGCUACAAGGAGGAGGUGUCUCCCGAGACCGAGCAAUCAUUGUCGGGUUUGGGACGUUUGCCGAGCGAGAAGGUUCCAGGGGAUGACAGCUCGGACACCAGUUACGACGGUGAGAGUACUGCCUCGGAGAACAGCAGUGGAGGAUCCCCCUUGAUUGUGGAAGUCAUCUCCUCAGGACUGCGAUCGACAGCACCGGAACGUCCAGUGUCACCUCGGACCAAGGCCAUUUAUAUGGCCAUGAGACAGCCUAGUGUUCCACCGUCACACACUGUUCCUAUGCAUUCACAGCCAAGCCAGAGCAGGACAAACAACCCUCCACCCAUCCCACCUCCUCGGAAUGCCCGACGACCACGGUCCAAGCAGAUGAGUCGAUAUGCAUCUCGGGAGAGCAUAGGCGAUGCCUUCGACAGCAUCACCAUCACCUCUAUCGCCCCGGAACCAAUGCCUACGACCCGAAGCGUGAUCACACCUAUCACAACGGACAGUCCUUCAAAGGAGCAUAUUAUGGAGGAGAUGGGAUCAGAACAAGCCAGAAACUUUAACGAGGAGGACUACCUCUACUGCCAGAGCGACCGUAUGCGCCACGAUGGCAGGACGAGCGGGCGAAUGUCCGAAGGAAGCCAGGGAAGUCGCGACCAGGUCCAUGGUCAACCGUACGGCGACGGCAACUCUGCCUUUGAUGGAGGUUCCGACUACCCCGAUUACCAGCAGCAGCAUAACCACGCGAACUGGCAUCCUGGUCAACAGCAGCAAGCCCGAGGAGGUGGCGCCUCAAACUCUUCCGGUGAUGCGCUCUUGGUCGCGACUCUCCGGGACCAGAUUGCCUCCUUGUCGUCUGAACGUGACCAGUUCUAUCAGGAAGCGAUGUUGUUGAGACAGAAGCACGAUGUGUUGACGAAUAUUGUCAAUACCAUGGGUGUUGCUGUCGAGUCCAUCCAACAACAGCAGUUCAUGCAGCAGCAGCAGCAACAACAAGAGCAGCAGCAGCAGCAGCAGCAGCAACUGUACCUGUCCCACCAGGCGCAGAUGGAAGAGUCGGCUGCGCUUCAUAUGAGCACCUAUUCCCAGCAAGGUGGUCAUGAUUACGGUGUCCAGGAUCAACCCCGGCGUCAUCACGAGGAUCAAGCAAAGCAGUAUGUUGAACAACUCGGUCGGGCAGUGGAGACACAGGGCUCCCAGUACGACUUUGGACAGUCGUCCUCUCGACAGCACGAAGUCGACCCAUACCCGAUGCUGGCCCAACAGGAAGAGCCUCAGCUGCAGCCUCGUCGAAACCACUUUCACGACAAUGACAUCCAGCAGACUGAACGUGUUCGUCAGCUCUCGGACGAGUACUUGAUUCAGAUGCCACGCAACUCGGAGGAUUCUAUUCGGGGAUACUACCCACACCAGCAGGAUCCAGCCCAAGAUCCUGCUCAAAGCCAAGUUCAUGGCUUCCAAUCUUUUGGUCAGCCUCAAGGUCCCAACCAAACGACGUAUGGCAGCGACUCUUAUCAGGCGGGUUAUGAUGACCGACACGUUCAGGAGGAUCCUCUGAGCCAAUACCAGCAACCAGCCCUUCACCAGCAACCAGCCCUUCACCAGCAGCAGCCUCAGCAACAGCAACAGCAACAGCAACAGCAGGCGCCGGUGAGCUUUGGAGAGGGAUACGACCUGAUUCCUACUCAUAAUGCCGGACAGGAAGCAGCGCCAGUGAUGACGGACGAUAUACAGUCCGCAGAUUACUACCAUCAGCAGCAGCAGGUUGAGGAUGAGCAACGACACGCUGGUCUGACCCUUCAUCAGCUCAAGCAGCAGCACCAACAAAAUAAGCUCCAUGGCCACCAAUACCGCCAUUCUACUGAUACUCGCCACAGCAGCCAAAGCAGCCAGGACGGAUACCAACUUGUCGACAUCAUCACCACACGACCCAUGUCUGGAGGAUUCGAGUUCAGAUAUGGUGGCGGUGGACAACAGGCACAGGACCAAUUCGGACCUACGAAUCCAUUCUCGUCCAACUAUGCUGGAGGACGUCCUCUGUCGAUGAAGACCCCAGCCCAGGAUUUGAGCUCCCUUAGACCUCAUCAGGGACAUGUCGAUCAGGAGUUCUCCAGCGUACCACAUCUUCGUCGGCACCAUUCUAUGCAGCACCCACAAGGUACCGGGCGUCCCUUUGGAGGCAACGACAUGGGAUCAUCGCACAUAAACCAGCAGCCCUACGCGCCAUAUUACAACUCGCAGGCGAACGCUCAUCGCACUCACCAGCCUCGUCCACCAGCAUGGGCUCCUCAGCACCUGAAACGAUCAUCCUCGUCGUCCAUUAUGCAUCAGCACCAGCCCUCCAACUCUAUGCAGGACGGAUUUCCUUCUCAGCACGAGGCUGGAUUGCUUUUACUUUCGUCAUCAACAUCGUUUUUGGAGGACUUGCACGGAGAUACGCCGUUGCUUUCCUCAGCCGUGCUCGGAGACUCGUCGAUGCUUUCCAACGUUGUCCAGCGAGAGAAGGUCCGUAUCGAGGAAAAGACAUCGUCCAAGCAUGGUGCCGCCGGUUGGUCAGAGAGACCCUUCUCGCCCGUGAUAUCGAACGCCGGAGAGUCUCAGGGAGUUAUCUCUGCCUCGAGUACCAUCCCCAGUUUUGCCUCUGCCAUGGCGGAACCGACAGCAUCCGCUCCUGUUCAGCCGACCAAGCCCAGAGUUGUUACCAAGGACGAGGCGGACAAAAUCCGCGAGCAGUUCGAGGAGUACCGAGCGAACCCUAAGCGACGCAGCGGACUUUUGGAUGUCGACCAGGAGUCUAAGGAUCGACUGCGGGUAGCUGAAGACGAGUCGAGUCAGCAAAAGAAGUGGAAUGAGAGUUUUGCCGAUGCCACGUCGGACUCAGACACGGACUCGGACACGGAUGAUGAAAAAGGAAAGACCGGAAAUGCUGAUCGAGACGAUGGAGUUGGUUCGGAUGAAGGUCGUUUCGGUGCAGGCGCCAGUUUGUUGGGUCGGAGUAAGACUAUUGCCGGUACCGGAAUCAGCUCUCGUGGUGGUACCAGAGGCCAACAGGAUCCUGGCGCUUCAUCGACAUCCACCGCUGACAACCCGCCAAGCGCUGUUCAGUCAGCCAAGGACAGUCUUCAGAGACAUCACUCGUCCUCAGGAAGUCUCAGGACUGUCCCCCGCCACACUCAGAACAACCAACAGCACCGAGCAGAGGAGGCGCGUGGGUCGCGUUUUGAUGGUCCAUCAGUUGUUGGUAGAGGUCAGAGCGAGUCGGUUAACGUUUCGGGCCGAACAGGCAAUGGUGGCGCCGACGGAUCCAGCGUGGCGCAGAGUACAAGCUCUUCUUCUCAAUCAACUCAGGAAGCGCCACAUCGUCAAAAAUUGCCAGCUCCACCGGCAACAUUGCCUCGACCACCUGUAGCGGCUUACAAGGGCACAUCGACGAACGAUGAACUGUCAGGACACCAUCCCAAGAUCACAACGGCUUCAGCGUCGUCGCCAUCUUCGAUGAGCCGCGGUUUGCUGAGUACUUCCAAUAAGGCAGUUGUGGAUGAGGAAGGAGGAGAUUGGCUUUUGCAGGCACAGCCAAGGCGGUAUAACAGCGUCAAGCUUGGGAUGACUGGCGUGACUGGAGCGACGCGACGAGCGAUGGGGCGGCCUAUAGACAGAGGACAUGGCAUUGAGCGUGGGCCUGAAGAUUGUGUGUGA